UCCCUGGGAGUGGACCCCGUACGCAGGAUGACUGUGAGAGGCGUUGGUACAAGGUACAACAAAAAUCAAAGCCUCGCAUUGCCAAGUGCAAGAAUGAGCAGCGGCAGACUGCCCCGCUGCUGUAUUGCUAGAGACCAUCCCAGCACAUUGUUCACUACUUGUGGAAAAGAUACCAUCAGCUGCUCCGGCAACAGCCACUGCUUCAACAUCUGCUGGCCCUAUGACACCAGCCACUGCUUCAUCAUCUGCUGGCCCAAUGACACCUGCCACUGCUUCCUCAUCUGCUGGCCCAAUGACACCUGCCACUGCUUCAUCAUCUGCUGUCCCAAUGACACCUGCCACUGCUUCAACAUCUGCUGGCCCAAUGACACCAGCCACUGCUUCAUCAUCUGCUGGCCCAAUGACAACUGCCACUGCAAGGGAUGACAAUGAAGCUGCUCCACCACAGUCACCACUUACUUCAUCGGAGUUAAGAGAUGCCUUUCAUAGGACAGCAGUAUAAUUUUUUGAUGCUGGGGCUGAAUAUUACUGGCUCAAGGCUAUGAUUUUGUCACUUUUUUUUAUUACUGAGGAGGUUAAGGUGGAGGGGGUGAAAAAUAAUCUCUGCUGUUUUUCGACAGAAAUGGUUAGCUAAUUCAUUCAAAGCACAAAAUUUACCAGAAAAAAAAUUGUGUGCCAUUGUGAGUGGGUUCACUUGAGAUUGGGCUCCAAUACGCCUCCGUGGUCUAGUGGUCAGCAUGCCUGGCUUCUACGCGGGCCCGGGCUCGAAUCCCGGCUCGGGCAGUCGGCGUGCAGCUCACCCAGCUGAUCAUCCUCCCUCUCGGGCUGGUCGAUAAAUGACUACCUGGGGAAACCUGGGGAAACUGUGGUAACCCGGAUGUCACACUGGCCCUGUGUCCCGGGGUAAUGGGCUCCCUCCCGUCACAGGCUCAAGGGCCAAUGUUACGGAGAUGAGCACCGAGGCCACGCGCUGCUACAGCGUAUGCUCCAACUUUAUCUUUACCUUUAUUGGCUCGACUGACAGACAUGGCUUUGUAUGUCGA